AUGGAUGGAGAAAAGACCCCACAGCCGGCUAAAGAGAGCCCAUCAUCCUUGGACAAAAGCCCAGGGUUAACUCCUGUGAAGAGAACGUGUUUCUUGGUUUCAAAGCUAAAGAUAUUCCUUGCAGCGCUGGCCUUUUCUUUUUUUGCCAAAGGAUUUGCAGGAAGCUACAUGAAAAGCAUGUAUACUCAGAUUGAAAGGAGAUUCGAAAUCUCGUCAUCCCUGGUAGGACUGAUUGAUGGAAGCUUUGAAAUAGGAAACUUGUUGGUGAUAAUACUGGUGAGUUACCUUGGACCAAAAGUUCAUCGUCCAAAGGUCAUUGCUGCUGGGUGCCUGGUCAUGUCGCUCGGGUCAUUUGUAAUGGUGGUGCCUCACUUCAUCAUGGGGCGUUACAAUUACAAAAGCAUUGCGAUGGCUGCGGCCAAUUCUUCCGAAAGCAUUCCGGCGUGUGCUUCUGCCUCUCCUCCUCACCAUGCAGUUAUUGACAUGGGAAGUUCUGGAAACGCAACUACUUCUGAUUGUGAAAAGAUGGCCAGUUCUUACCUGUGGCUCUUUGUGCUUGCUGGCAACCUUCUACGUGGAAUUGGAGAAGCUCCGAUAAUGCCUCUCGGAAUGUCUUACAUUGAUGAUUUUGCCACGGAAGAAAACUCUGCCUUUUAUAUAGGGACGGUACGAGCAUCUGGGCUGUUUGGACCAACCUUUGGCUUCAUGCUUGGAUCCUUCUGUGCUAAUCUCUGGGUUGACAUUGGAGUGGUGGAUGUCGGUACAUUGACCAUCACUUCUAAGGAUAUGCGCUGGGUUGGAGCCUGGUGGCUGGGCGUUCUUCUGUGCGGAGUGGUCAGUUUCAUGGCCUCCUUUCCUUUCUGGAACUUGCCGCGUUCGUUGCCAAAACAAGGAGAGGGAAAGAACGUUAAGAAGUCAAGUGACAUAUUUACGAUCACCAAAGAUAGCCAUAGCAAAGCGGCAUUGCCAAAACCACCACAGUUGAAACUCUCAGAAGCAGUAAAAGAAUUUUUCCCUGUGUUGAAGAAACUACUUGGAAACUCCAUCUUUCUAGUCUAUUUGUUCGCCACAAUCCUACACUACAAUUCUAUCGUUGGCGUAAUAACUUAUGAGCCGAAGUUUAUGGAACAGCAGUUUAACAUAUCUAUUUCAAGAGCCACCUUUCUUAUUGGUGUGAUUUUUCUACCCAUCACCGUUGUGGGGAUGUUCCUCGGAGGUUUUAUCAUCAAAAAGUUCAAGCUGCACACCACAACAAUGGCAAAGUUUGGGUGCAUCACCUUAACGACCUACUUCUUGUUAAGCCUGCUUUACUUUCUGUCUGACUGUGAAGUGCUUCAGGUGGCUGGAUUGACUGUCAACUACUCUGGCAUAAAAGAACCGUCCUUCUCAAAGGAAAAUUUGGUGUCUGCCUGCAACGCUGACUGCAGCUGUGAGGAAGGCUACUGGGAUCCUGUUUGUGGAAGUAAUGGCAUCACUUACAUCAGUGCCUGCUUGGCAGGUUGCAGAACUUCAACGGGAAGUGGAAAGGAUAUGGUUUUUCACAACUGCAGUUGCGUGGGACUUUCAGGACCUGGAAAUUUUUCUACUGUUUUGGGUCAGUGUCCAAGGGAUAAAUGUACUAAAACAUUUCCUUAUUUUUUAGCUUUGCUGGCCACGUUAGCAUUUACUGUAUCCUUGGGAGCAACACCCACAUACAUGAUUAUGUUCAGGUCAGUUUCACCUGAGUUAAAAUCUUUUGCUGUUGGCAUCGAAACGUUGUGUGGAAGGAUACUAGGAGGACUCCCGGCUCCUAUUUAUUUUGGAGCUUUGAUUGAUACAACCUGCUUGAAAUGGGGCGUGAAAACCUGUGGCGGAUCGGGAUCUUGCAGGGUUUACAAUACACGAGCGUUCAGAAACAUCUAUCUUGGACUCAACCUUUCACUCAAAUUUGGAUGCAGCCUCCUCUACAUCAUUCUCUGCAUUCUAAUUAGGAAUCGAUUCAGACAGGACAGCGAAGGGGCAAAGGCUACUGAAAACUUGCCAACAACCAAUCUGAAGAAAGAAGAACCCACUUGUACGGAGACAUCAGUAAAUAGAGUCACCCGCUUGUGA